GUCACGUGACUUCCGCCGUGGCCAUUGAAAGUUUCAAACGGUUUUUUUGCGAUAAAAUAAGGAUUUUUGCAAACAUCUUAGACUUUUCUAUGGUUUUUUAAAUAGCCGACUCCGGCAUGGAAUCUUGGACAUACUUUUUAGAAGUAGAAAAUUCGGAAAACCUUCGCAAAGUCGUUCUUGAAGACCUCAAGCUAUUGGGCGUUAAUACCAAGUAUUUAAAGAAGAAGUACAAGGAAGAUUCUUUCGUUGCACAGCCAAACGCCAAUGUUUUUGGAAAUUUCUUAGACUUUGUUCCGUCAGUUUAUGUUGAGGGAUGUGGGCCUGUGCCCAGAGUUCUUGCCGAGAUCGGCAGUAUCAUAGAGCGCAACAUCAUUACGGAAGGUUUGUUCCGAAAAAGUGGAUCAGUUUCUAGAAAGAAGGAAUUAAUGAAUCGGAUUGAAAAAGGCGGAUCCUUAGAAGGCGCAAACAUAUACGAUGUAACAGGAAUUUUGAAAACUUUUUUAAGACAAUUGCCAGUUUCACUUUUGGCGCCUAGUCAGGCCAUUUUGACAGCUUUCGAACAAGCUCACGAAGAUGGCGAGAAUGAGAGGCGAAUUGACGCCUUACAGCUUUUGGUUCUACUAUUGCCAGCGGCAAAUAUUUGUACACUACGAUUUCUUUUAUUACUCUUAUCUAAAGUGGCAGAUCAUAGUGAUCAGAACAAAAUGGACGUAUCUAAUUUAGCUUUAUGUCUCGGCCCUAACCUAUUUCCAUCUGUGUCACAAACCAAAGCAGAUGCUAAAACCCUUCAAGUUCAUACGUCUAUAGUUCAACUACUAAUGUUGCAUGCAUCUUACAUAGGAAUGAUAUCGAAUGGCACAUGUGCCAAAAUCGCUAGUCCCAUGUCGAUCUUAUCUGAUAACGAACUAGACCGUAGUUGUGUGGAUGUUGAGGAUACGUCUCAUAGGCGUGGUAGAGAUAAGAAAAAGAAAAAGAAGAAAAGGAGAAGCAGUUCCCUACAGGGACUUGUUGAGAGCCUUAGCUCUUCUUUUACACGGCGAAGACGAUCCAGGUCUCAUAAUAGCAGCACGAUAAGCGACAAGUCGUCUAUAUAUGUCAAAUCUGCUGUCAAAUCAUCUGAAUCUUUAUGCUCUAUGAAUCCUGUUGAAGGGCAAACACCGAAAAUGAAACAAAAACGUAAAGCUGAUAAUCCCGCAUUUUCCGUUACAAAAAAACGGGCAAUCCUAGAAAAUAUGCCACAAAAGAGCCUUUUAACCACUUCGAAUCAGUUUACACCUUCAAUGUCUGUUGACUUGAAGUUUGCAAAUGAUUCAUCAAUUAUUUUUUCCGCAACGCUCGACGAGACGAAUAAUACACCAAAAAGACGCGAAAGUAUGAGAACACCAAACAAAAUGAAAAGCUAUCCGUCAGCUAGAUCUGGUUGUUUUUCUCCAAAAUCGAAGACCGUUAAAAAGAAGAAGAGUUCCUUCAUGGCAUUCGUUAGGCGAUUAAGUGGAUCCAGGGAGAGUUCACCUAUUAGAGUUCCAGAACAAGAUUGUUCUGUUGAACUUUCAAAGACUUUCGAUGACGGCGAGAAAGAUACGUCCGAACUGAAUUUUAUACAAAGCCCUAUAGAACCUAUGGAUCAUGAUGCCAAUAUGUCUCGCCAGAUUUCUACCAAUAGUUUGAAUAAAGCAUUCAUCUCAGACGACGACUUUGUUUUAGAUGAAGGUGGCAGUAUUACAAGCGAACAAUCGGAAACAGAUGGUAGCGAAAACCAAAGAAGAACAAGCUCCCUCUCCUUAAACAGUCGAAUCAGUACGUCGACAGCUGUCAGCUCAAUAAUGAAUGAUGCUCACAGUGAAGAACCUGAUGAUUGUGAUAAAGUCGAGAGUUUAGAAAGUUUAGAUAGCGCCAUUUGUAUGAAUAUUGUUAACAGUGGCGAAUCUGUUGAGUCGCCUUGCACACCGUCAAAGGAUGACGAGGACGAUGAAGACUCAGAAGAUGCAAAAACACCUUGUCCAAUGACUAUCGAAGAGGAAGAUAGAGAUGAUGAAAAUACACCGCAUAUACACAUUCCUAGCGAAGCAACACCUCAAAUGAGUCGACGAUUGCGAGCAAUGGCGGUAAAACAACAGAGACGUCAUACAUUAAAUGACCCUACGUUUCAUUUAACAAGUGAGGCUCGUUCAAUAUUGGCGAGAGCGGGUGUAGCUCCUCAUCGAACAAUUAAAAAAUUUCCCAACAAUGGUGGUGUUGUUGCUGCAAAAGUUCAACAGAUCGAAGAGAAGGGCGACAAGGGGGAAAAUGAAAGAUUUUCUAAGCGAAAUGCCUCGCCAGUUCGUAUACCAACGAUUUUUGCCAAGAACCAUGACGAAAUGGUCAAAUACAAAGAAAAGAUUAAUCGAAUACGAAGCCCAAAAUUACCUGUCAGUUGUAAACUACCAAAAGAAGUUGAAAAUCGUGCUCUAAGUCAUUCUUCAAAAGUGACUGUAAGUGCUCCGAUCAUAAAGCCAAGUUUGGGUAAUUUCGAUGUAAAUUUAAUACGAAAAAGGAACAAAAAUUCGAAAGAUGAAAAGGAAUUCGUCGUCUAA